CUCUUUAUUGGUUCACCGAACCCUUUGUGACGCACGCAGUUGGGUGGUAAGCAAGACAGUCCCAGAAGUCCCGGAUGUUACGAUAGUAUAUAUUAAUAUAAAGCCAUAGAGACCCUGACAAUCAUUCCUAGGGAUCUUCUUCUAUUUUGGAAAGAAACGUGAUUUCUACGCAAAACAUUCCAAUCUUUCUCGACAUAAUGGAGACAUACCACACAAUUACUGCAACUUUAGCAGUAUUCUGUCUUCUUCUCACGAUUGGUGUUUCCGAACCUCUACGCGUGCGAAGGGCCACGAACACCACAGAACCUGCAGUCAAAGAGGAAGAACUGGCAAAACAAGGAGAGUUGUUGCUGGCCUUGAGGCUCAUUAACGAGGUGGGCUACAACCUGAACACAUUCCGCGACCGCGUGUACGACCAGCUGGAGCAGGUCAAGGCCCAGCAGGUGGAAAUCCUAAGAGGCAUCGCCGACAUUCAGAACCGCCUGAAAGGAGGGAGCGGCGUCCCCAUCACCCCGUCAGUGCCCACCACCACGCCUGCAUCCAACAACUCUUUUAUCCGACUUGUCAACGGCAGCAACCCGUUAGAAGGGCGCGUGGAGGUGCUGGUGGGGCAGGUAUGGGGCACAGUGUGUGACGAUUACUGGGACACAAAAGAUGCUGGCGUGGCCUGCAGCAUGCUGGGAUACAGCAGAGAAAACGCCAUACCUGUAUCAAGUGCAGGAUUUGGGUUGGGCUCUGGUCCUAUCACCUUCACUGGCGCAAAGUGUGAAGGCAACGAAGUCGACCUUCGGCACUGCCCCAUGGCAUAUGGCCCUUUCCAAGGUGGCUGCAGUCAUCGGGAGGAUGCUGGUGUGAUAUGUCGUCCUCUGAAAUCUUCGGAACCUCUACGCGUGAGAAGGAACACAAACGCCACAGGACCUGCAGUCAAAGGGGAAGAACUGGCGAAACAAGGAGAGUUGUUGCUGGCCCUGAGGCUCAUUAACGAGGUGGGCUACAACCUGAACACAUUCCGCGACCGCGUGUACGACCAGCUGGAGCAGGUCAAGGCCCAGCAGGUGGAAAUUCUAAGAGGCAUCGCCGACAUUCAGAACCGCCUGAAAGGAGGCAGCGACGUCCCCACCACCCCAUCAGUUCCCACUACGACACCUGCAACCAACAACGCCUUUAUCCGACUUGUCAACGGCAGCAACCCGUUAGAAGGGCGCGUGGAGGUGCUGGAGGGGCAGGCCUGGGGCACAGUGUGUGACGAUAUCUGGGACACAAAAGAUGCUGGCGUGGUCUGCAGCAUGCUGGGAUACAGCAGAGAAUACGCCUUGCCUGUACAUGGUGCAUCAUUUGGGAUGGGCACUGGUCGGAUCAUCUUCGAUAAUGUGGACUGUCAAGGCAACGAACUAGACCUUAGGCUCUGUCCCAUGAAUCUCCCUUUCACAGGGGACUGCAGCCAUUCGGAGGAUGCUGGUGUGAUAUGUCGUCCUCUGAGCUAGCUCAGACAGCCAUUAGAUUUACAUAUAAGAUAUAUAUAUAUAACUCAG